CCGGGCCCGGAGUGGGAGGGGCCUCCGGGACCAGGCCUCUAGCGCGCACUCUCGGAAGCGCAGCCGAACCCGCCCUCCGAAUCCAGAGAGGCGCUGCUGCCACCGCCGCCACACCGCCGCUCCCUCAGUCAUGCCGAAGCACGAGUUCUCUGUGGACAUGACCUGUGGAGGCUGUGCUGAAGCUGUCUCUCGGGUCCUCAAUAAGCUUGGAGGAGUUAAGUAUGACAUUGACCUGCCCAACAAGAAGGUCUGCAUUGAAUCUGAGCACAGCAUGGACACUCUGCUUGCAACCCUGAAGAAAACAGGAAAGACUGUUUCCUACCUUGGCCUUGAGUAGCAGGGGCCUGGUCCCCACAGCCCACAGGAUGGACCAAAGGGGGCAGGAUGCUGAUCCUCCCGCUGGCUUCCAGACAGACCUGGGACUUGGCAGUCAUGCCGGGUGAUGGUGUUCCUGCGGAGACCCUCAGUUGUCCUAUUCCUUCCUAGCUUCCCUGCAAUAAAAUCAAGCUGCUUUUGUUGGA